AUGUUACUGCCGAGGUUAGCUGCAGCUGCAGCAGUACUGUUGUUGAUUGUUGCCAGAAGUGUCAUCGAAGCAGAGGGAAAGCCUCAUCGGAUUGUUGUGGAUACAGAUGUUGCUACUGAUGAUUUACUUGCUUUGCUUUACCUCUUGAAGCUCAACACUUCCCAAUUUGAGGCAGUGACCAUCAAUGCUAAUACUUGGAGCAGUGCUGGUCAUGCUGUGAACCAAAUUUAUGACUUACUUUACAUGAUGGGGAGAGACGAUAUUGCUGUUGGAGUUGGAGGCGAGGGUGGAAUACUACCAAAUGGAACCAUACUCCCAAAUGUUGGUGGAUAUCUUCCGAUCAUAGAUCAGGGAAUGACAACAACAGGAGGUUGCAGAUACAGGCAAGCCAUUCCUGUAGGGCUUGGAGGGCGCUUAGAUGUCGAUGCAAAUUACGGGAUCAGGAAAGAUUUUCUUCCACAGGGAAAAAGGAAAUAUACACCAUUGGAGCAACCAACAGCUCAAGAAGUGUUGAUUGAAAAAGUAUCUGCAGGUCCCACAACUCUAUUUGUGAUUGGAGCACAUACAAAUGUUGCAAUAUUCCUAAUGAAUAAUCCACACUUGAAGAAAAAUGUGGAGCGUAUUUAUAUAAUGGGUGGAGGUGUAAGGUCAAGCAACCCAACUGGUUGUUGUCCCCAAAAUACUUCAUCUUCCUGUGUGCCUCAGCAGUGUGGUGACCGUGGAAAUAUGUUUACAGAUUAUAACACUAACCCUUAUGCAGAAUUCAAUAUCUUUGGAGACCCUUUUGCAGCUUACCAGGUGAUUCAUUCUGGAAUUCCUAUCACCCUUGUUCCUAUUGAUGCAUCAUACACAAUCCCUAUCACUAAAGAAUUCUUUGAAGCAUUUGAAAAGAGUCAAGACACAUAUGAGGCACAAUACUGUUUCAAAACCUUGAAAAUAACCCGUGAUACUUGGUUUGACGAUGAAUUCUAUUCGAGUUAUUUUAUGUGGGACUCUUUCAUGGUUGGUGUAGCAGUGUCGGUCAUGAGUAAGCCCAAUAACUAUGACGGAGAAAAUGAAUUUUCUGAAAUGGAGUAUAUGAACAUAACUGUUAUUACUUCAAAUAAACCAUAUGGUAUAUCUGAUGGCUCCAAUCCACUUAUCGAUGGCCUAAAUGUUCCCAAGUUCAAUCUAGAAAAAGAUGGGGUGCAUAGUGGUCAUAUUCAACAAGGACUCAGAGAUCCUCUUUGUUUUGUGAAGAGUGGCAAAGGAAAAUGUCAGGAAGUUGUUUUUUCUUUUUGGCUGUAUACGGGAGAAAAAACUCAGAAAUUUGGAGCAACACGAGAUACGGAUUACCCUGAACUUAGGCAACCACUAGCUAUGGAAGUUUGGGAGUCUGUAUUACAAACAAUGAAACCAGGGUCCAAUAUUACAGUAUUAACCAAUGGACCCUUGACCAAUUUGGAAAAGGUUGUUUUGGUGAAAAACAUUAGCUCAAGAAUUCAGGAGGUUUAUGUAGUGGGGGGUCAUAUCAGUAGGAAUACAGAAGACAAAGGAAAUGUUUUUUCAGUUCCUUCAAACCAAUAUGCAGAAUUCAAUAUGUUCCUAGAUCCUUUAGCGGCCAAAACAGUGUUCGAAUCAGAAGUUAACAUAACACUCAUUCCACUCAGUACUCAGCGCAAAGUGAGUUCGUUUGCAACAGUUAUAGGUAGGUUGCACGCGACAAGAAAAACACCAGAGGUUGCGUUUUCCAAGCUUCUAUUGGCAACCCUACACCGUUUGAAGCAAAUUCAUAACAGAUAUCACCAUAUGGACACAUUCCUAGGAGAAAUUCUGGGUGCAGUAGUAUUGGCUGAUAAGGGUUCAAGUUUGAAGCCAAAAUUCGAGAAGAAGCCUAUUAAAGUCUUAGCUAGUGGCGAUGAAUCCACAGAUGGAAAAAUGGUGGUGGAUGAGAAACAUGGAAAGUUGGUCAGAAUAUUAAGCAAUGUGGAGGAAAAUGCUUAUUAUAAUUUGUAUGCAAACAAGCUUGGUGAUCAAUAUCAGUCAGCUAAGGUAGGAAGCUUUAAAGAACAGACGAGAAAAUGGAGACAUCCUCGUGAUGAUAAACCUAGCCAAGAAAAAUGUGCUCAAUUCCAUGGCUAUAAGGCUUUUUUAUCAACAAUGUGAAUACAUAUUCCCUUCAAACAAUAAUGAGGAUGUUGAAU